AUGCUUCCUAUAUAUGAAAAUGAUCCAAAAAUUAAAAAAAACGAGAAUAAAAACGAAGUUAAUAUAGUUUAUAACAAAAAUUUAAAGAAUAUUUUUGAAAACAGUUAUUCUAAAAAUGCAAAAAGAAAAGUUAAAAAAUUAAAUGAAAGAAGAGGAAAAUUAAAAAUUAUUAAGUAUUUAAAAUUAUAUAUAAAUAAAACAACAAAGCAGCGUAUAAUAAUAAACUUUGUUGUCUUAUUGUUAUUUCUAUUAAUAAUAUAUAUUUCUUACAAAAGCACUGAUAAUUUAAAAACUGUUCUUUUAAUUACCUUGACACUUUAUAGUUUAUAUUUUUUAUUAUAUUCCUUAUAUAUUCUGAGUACAAUAUUAAAUGAUGAAUAUGAAACAUAUAAUACUAUAAAAAAGGAUGAUAUGAUAAGUAAUAUCUUUAUUGAAAAUGAGUUAAGUAUUAUAAAUAAUAGUAAAAGUAAAAUAACAAAUUCAAAAUUAAGCAAUAGACAAAAUAACAACAUCAAUAAUGGUUAUAAUUUGAAUAAUGAUCGAUUGAAAGAUAAUACUUUUCAAAAUACUGAAAAUGAGUAUGUAAACACAUCAUUACCUUCUUUUCAAGUUCAUAAUUUUCAUUAUGAACGUAGUACAAAAAAUAAUAAUAACAUUAAUGAAAUAGAAUUAUCAACUAAAAAUUAUACAAAAGGAACUAAUGAAAUGGCAUUACCAUUUUAUAAAGAAGAAAAAACAAACACACACAAAGGAGAAGUGUCUAAUAAAGUAUUAAAUGACACAAAUAUGGUAAAUAAUAACUGGAACAAUUUAUUAGAAAAUAAUCAAAAAGCUAAUAUAAAUUUGAUGAAUAACCAACAUGAUGAUAAUGAAACAUUAAAUAAUGAGAUGGCUACUAGUGAAGGAUAUGAAAUAGCUUCUUUUGAAAGUAUAGCAAAGCCAAUUAAAGAAGGCUCUGAGGGAUUUUUUGCAGUUCAAUACAAUUCUAUAUUAAAAAUAUCCAUAAUAUUUACUGUAUUUAUAUUAUUAUUAUAUGUAAUACGUGGAGAUUAUACAAAAUUUCCUGAAGAAAAUAAAAUUUCGGAUGACUUAAAUGAUAGCUCUAUUAUUAUAUCUCCACUUUCCUAUGGUAUUAUAACAGCUAUAUCUUUUUUAUUAGGUGCUAUUUGCAGUUCUAUAGCAGGGUAUAAUGGAAUUUAUGUAGCAGUUAGAGCUAAUAUAAAAGUAGCUAAAGCUGCUACAUAUUCAUAUAAUAAAGCAUUGGUUACAUGUUUUAGAAGUGGAGCAGUAAGUGCAAUUGUAAAUGUUGCAUUAGCUAUUUUUGGAAUUUGUUCAUUAUUGUUAUUAGUAAAUUUCAUGUAUCCAACUUUAUCUUUUUCUAAAUACCCAUUACUAAUUGUUGGGUAUGGUUUUGGAGCUUCUUUAGUUGCUAUGUUAUAUCAAUUAGCUGGAGGAAUUUAUACCAAAGCAGCUGAUAUAGGUGCAGAUUUAGUUGGAAAAAUUGAAAAACAUAUACCAGAAGAUGAUGCAAGAAAUCCUGCAGUUAUAGCUGAUUUAGUAGGAGACAAUGUAGGAGAUUGUGCUGGUCAAUGUGCGGAUUUAUUUGAGUCUAUAUCAGCCGAAAUAAUUGCAUCUAUGAUUUUAGGAGGUACUUUAUCAGAACAAGGUGUUAUUUCCGAAAAUAAUGCAAGUUAUUUUGUUUUAUUUCCAUUAUUCGUGCAUUCAAUGGAUUUAUUAAUUUCAACCAUUGGAGUAUACUUAGUAUACGUUAACAAUGGCUCAUAUCAAGCCAAUCAGCAAUAUACAAAAAAAAAAAAAGAAAAAAAAGAGGAAAAUUAUUUUAACAAUAUUAAUUCAAGUAUAUAUUUAGAAUCUACUGUAACAUUAAAUAGUACUAAUAAAGAAAGAGAUAUGAUAAAUGAAAAUUAUGGUCAUAAUAUUACAUCGGAAAAUUUAGAAAAUCCUUUAAAAGCUAUGUUAAAAGCUUACUUUUUUACGUGUCUUCUUGGAGUUACAGGAUUUUCUUUUUUAUGUAAAAUGCUUUUUUCUAGUGAUAAACAAGGUUAUGAAUGGAUAUAUUUUUCUUUAUGUGGAGUAAUUGGAAUGAUUUGCUCCUAUUUAUUUGUUAUUCUAACUAGAUAUUAUACAGAUUAUUCUUAUCCCAAAGUAAAAAAAAUAGCUCAUGCAUCUUUGAGUGGUCCUGCUACCAAUAUAAUCGCAGGUUUAUAUGUUGGAUUAGAAUCAACUUUUUUUCCUAUAAUAGUUAUAUCUAUUUCUCUACUACUAUCAUAUUAUUUAGGAUUAAAAAGCAAUAUAACGUCUGAUAAUAGUAUAAUAAAUGGGUUGUAUGGUACAUCUGUUGCAACUAUGGGUAUGUUAUCAACUGCCGUUUUUAUUUUAAGUAUGUCUAAUUUUGGCCCAAUUGCUGAUAACGCAGGAGGUAUAGUAGAAAUGUCCAAACAACCAGAAUGUGUUCGUGUUAUUACAGAUAAAUUAGAUGCUGUUGGAAAUGUAACUAAAGCUAAUACAAAAGGAUUUAGUGUAGGUUCCGCUGCUUUGGCAUGUUUUCUUCUUUUUUCUGCUUUCCUUAGUGAAGUAUCAACUCAUUCAAAGAUUCCUUUUUCAACAGUUGACAUUGCAAUACCAGAAGUUUUCAUUGGUGGUAUUUUAGGAUCAGUUGUUGUGUUUUUGUUUGCUGGUUGGUCAUUAGAUGCAGUAGGUAAAACUGCCGAAGAGGUUUUAAAAGAAGUUAGAAGACAAUUCAAUGAUCAUCCAGGCAUUUUAACUUAUCAAGAAAAACCAGAUUAUCAUAAAUGUGUAGCAAUAAUUAGUAGGAGAGCAUUAAUAGAAACAAUUAAGCCUGGACUAUUAGGAAUUUUUUCUCCUUUAAUUGUUGGCUUAGUAUUUAAAUAUUUAGGUAUUUUACAAAAUAACCAAUUGCUAGGUGCACAGGUUAUUGCCUCUUUUAUCAUGUUUUCUACCUCCACCGGUAUACUUAUGGCUCUUUUUUUGAACAAUGCUGGUGGAGCAUGGGAUAAUGCUAAAAAAUAUAUUGAAUCAGGUUUUUAUGGAGGAAAAAAUAGUCCAGCACAUGUAUCAAGUGUUAUUGGAGAUACUGUUGGUGAUCCAUGCAAGGACACAGCUGGACCAUCAAUACAUGUUCUUAUCAAACUUAUAUCAACCAUUACUAUGGUAAUAACACCCAUAUUAGCGUCUACUACAGGAAAGUAG